AUGGAGGUUUCUCAUUCUGUAAAAGGACCAAAUAGCUCCCAACCAUCAAAACAAAGUCGAGUGGGAAUUAACGAGACAGACCUCCCUGCAAACUCUAGGUGUGUGGAAAUUAAUGUGAUAUGCCUGCCUUCAAAUCCUAGUCGUGUGGAAAUCAACUUGGCCGAUCUUCCUUCAGAUCCUGGUUUAAGACCUGGCAUUAUGGAUUACAACCCUAAUGACCGAGAUCAAAUAUGCAGAUAUAGUAUAGCAAAAGAGGCAGCAUAUUGCUUAUGUUGUUAUCUUUUCAAGCCGGAUAUUGGUCAUCAAUCUAGUGGUGAGUCUUUUGUUGGUGAGGGCUUCUCAAAUUGGAAGAAGUGUGAUAGAAUUCGAACUCAUGUGGGAAGACCCAAUAGUGCUCAUAAUCAAGCUUGGGGCAAAUGUGAAAACUUGUUGAAUCAAAGGCAACAUAUUCAAACGGUUUUGGACAACCAAUCAAACAAAGUUCAAACCAUGUACCGGAUCCGCUUGAAUGCCACGGUUAAUUGUGUACGGUUUCUACUAAAACAAGGACUUCCAUUUUGUGGUAAUGAUGAGUCUGCUGAUUCAAGUAACCAAGGAAAUUUCCUUGAACUUCUAAAGUUUCUCUCCGACCACAAUGAAGAAGUGAGAGGUGUUACAUUCGACAAUGCUCCGCAAAAUCUUAAAUUGGUAGCUCCCACUAUCCAAAAGGAUAUUGUAAAUGCGGCGGCAUGUGAAACUAUCAAAGUGAUUGUGAGAGAACUUGAUGAUGCACAAUUUUCUGUGUUAGUUGAUGAAGCUCGUGAUGUAUCAGUCAAAGAGCAAAUGGCGAUUGAUGCUAUGGAGAAUUUGUUUUGUAGACUUGGGUUGAGCACAUCUAGAUUGAGGGGACAAGGGUACGAUGGAGCUAGCAAUAUGCAAGUGGUGACUGUUGUUGGUGUGUCAUGUAAACGUUGUGGUGUUCUUCGGGAGAAACAGCUAGAAAGAGUUGUUCAGGCACUUAGAAUUGGAGAGCUUUCACGUGGGCAAGGCUUAAACCAAGAAACCAAUCUCCAACGUCCUGGUGAUACAUGUUGGGGAUCUCAUUAUAGAACUUUAGUUAGAUUGAUGGGUAUGUUUGAUUCAGCGAUUGAUGUUCUUGAAAUUAUUUUGGAGGAAGGUUCCAACACUGACCAAAGAGCAGAGUUGAAUGUAUUGUUGGACAAUUUACAUUCUUUUGAGUUUGUACUCAAUCUUCAUUUAAUGAGAGCGAUUUUGGCUAUUACGUCGGAGUUAUCACUAGCUCUACAAAAAAAAGAUCAAGAAAUUGUGAAUGCUAUGACUUUGGUUCAAAUGUCCAAGAUAGGGCUUCAAAUGAUGAGGGACAGUGGAUGGGAUUCUUUGCUUGAGGAAGUUGUAUCUUUUUGUGUGAAAAAGAAAAUUAAUAUCCCCAAUAUGGAUGACAAGUUUGUACCUCAAGGGCGAGGAAGACGUAAUGCUCCAGAAAUAACAAACUUGCAUCAUUAUCGAUUUGAGAUAGUAUACACUGUUAUUGACUUGCAACUUCAAGAAUUGAAUGAUCGUUUUACCGCGGCUAACAGUGAGCUGCUACUUUGUGUGGCAUGUUUGGAUCCACGCAACUACUUUUCUAGUUUUGACAAGAAAACGUUGCUUCGUCUUGCCGAAUUUUAUCCGAAAGAAUUUUCUCCGGUUGGCCUUAUGGUACUUUAUGAUCAACUAGAUACGUACAUUUUUGAUAUGCGUAGUAGUGAUGAGUUCUCGAGGUUGAAUGGACUCACUGAUCUUUCUGAAAAAAUGGUGGAGACGGGAAGAGAGAAACUGUAUCCUUUAGCUUACUUGCUCUUGACUUUGGCAUUAAUUUUACCGGUUGCAACCGCUUCAGUCGAACGAGUAUUUUUAGCCAUGAACAUUGUGAAGAAUCGGUUGCGGAACAAGAUGAGUGAUCAAUGGUUGAAUGAUAGCUUGGUGGUCUACAUAGAGAGAGAUGUUUUUGAUGGAAUUCCUAAUGAAACAAUCAUUCAACACUUUCAAGAUAUGAAAAUUCGGCGGGGACAAUUGUGA